CGCAGCUUAUCCUCAUGGGGGAGCUUUCAGCAUACUACGUAGUCGCGCAAGCAACCUUGGUAUCGUGGCCUCAAGUCGAAACCAAGCCAACAUUCUCUUGACCUGGGGCCGAUCUCGAAGCUGCCGGGCUCGCAUCGCUCCUUUCCGUCGGAUCCGACUUUCUACUCCGCCCAGUUUGCGCAGUCUGCCGAGCCAGCGCCAUCUUGAGCUGGGUGGCACUUCGUCCGGUAGAACGGCCCAUCCCACCGCAUCGCAUUCGCUCCCAGACCACCGACGUCAUCUACCACAAUGGCGACCAAGGGGAACUCCCUGCGGGAUCGCCAAAUAGCUUCCCUCCGAAAGAUCCUCAACCUCAACGAGACGGUCGAGUCCAACGAAACCGACGAAGCUCACGCCAAUGGCCUCCUCGCUCCGGUUGCGCCCAUCCUCGACGCCGAGGGCAAUCCCAUCUGGAAGAUCCUGGUCUUUGACGACCUUGGCCGAGAUGUAAUCAGCAGCGUCAUGCGCGUCAGUGACUUGCGCGCAAUGGGAGUGACGAUGCACAUGCACCUUGCAGCUGCAAGAUAUCCGAUCCCCGACGUUCCAGUCAUCUAUUUCCUCGAGCCGACCGCCCAGAACCUCCAGCAUAUCACCACCGAUUUGCAAAAGGGACUCUACUCCCCCGCCUACAUCAACUUCCUCUCGUCCCUCCCCCGCGUCCUCCUCGAAGAUUUUGCGACACAAACAGCCAAUGCAGGCACCUCUGAUCAAAUUGCGCAGCUUUUUGAUCAAUAUCUCAACUUCACUGUUGCCGAACCGGAUCUGUUCAGUUUGGGGAUGCAACAAGAGCACACUUACUGGGCUCUGAACAGCGCAACAACCAGCGAUGCUGAGCUUGAUCGAGUAGUGGACAGGAUAGUGAGCGGUCUCUUCAGUGUCAUUGUCACUAUGGGAGUCAUCCCGAUCAUCCGAUGCCCCAAGGGCGCCGCUGCGGAGAUGGUGACCGCACGACUUGAUCGCAAGCUUCGAGAUCAUAUCCUCAACUCCAAAGAAAACCUCUUUUCCGCCCCUCGACCGACCGCCUCAGCUGGCACUCCCUCCUCACGACCAGUCCUCAUUCUCCUUGACCGAAACGUCGACUUGAUACCCAUGCUGUCGCAUUCUUGGACAUACCAAUCUCUUGUCCACGAUGUACUCAACAUGAAACUCAACAGGAUCACGAUCGAGAGCCCUGCGGAAGAAGGGGCCCCUGGACAGGGAAAGACGAAGAAGUCGUAUGACCUGAAUGCCACCGACUUCUUCUGGAACAAGAACGCCGGCGUUCCAUUCCCUCAGGUCGCGGAGGAUAUCGAUGCUGAGCUCACCAAAUACAAGGAGGACACUUCCUCAAUUACCAACAAGACGGGUGUUGCGAGCUUGGAGGAUCUGCAAGACACCGGCGCCAGCGCCCAGCAUCUCAAGGCGGCGAUAGGAUUACUUCCUGAGAUGAGAGAGCGCAAGGGCGUUCUGGACAUGCAUAUGAACAUCCUGGCUGCUUUGUUGACAGGUAUCAAAGACCGCCAGCUUGAUAACUACUUCCAACUUGAGGAGAACGUCGCCAAGCAGACCAAGGCUCAAAUCAUGGAGAUAAUCAAGGAUGAGAACAAGGGAACCGAGCCUGUCGACAAGCUGCGGCUCUUCAUCAUCUGGUUCCUGAGCACAGAGCAGGAGUUCAGCCGAGCCGACUUUGAGAGCUUUGAGAAAGCUCUCGCUGAGGCGAAUGUGGACGUAUCUUGUCUAUCCUACGUUCGACAGGUUCGUGCGACGACAAAGAUGACCCAGCUGGCCACUAUCAAUAGCAGCAGCAACACGGGCCAACAAGCGCAGACAUCUGAUCUCUUUGGACGAUUCUCCUCCAUGUCCUCUCGCCUCACAGACCGCCUCAAGGAGUCCGGCGUCCCCACCGGCCUCUCAUCCAACUUUGAAUCCCUCAUUAGUGGUGUCAAGAACUUCCUCCCCGCCGACCGCGAUCUCACAGUCACCAAGAUUGUCGAAUCCAUCAUGGAUCCUUCCGCGGCCUCCUCCUCCGCGAUCGCUAAGACAGAGCAUUACCUCUACUACGACCCGCGAUCCGCCAACGCUCGUGGCACCAUGCCGCCGCCCAGCGCCAUGCGUUCUGGAGCAAGCUCCGCGCCUGGUGGCAUGCCUGGUUCGCAAGUGCCAGGUCAGACUGCCAGCUUUGGGCAGCGACGACAAGGCUUCAGCGAGGCGGUGGUCUUCACCGUGGGUGGUGGAAGCAUGGACGAGUACGGCAACUUGCAGGAGUGGGUUAACAGAACAGGAGGAGAUAGGGCGAAGAAGAGGGUGGUGUACGGCAGCACAGAGAUGGUGAAUGCGGUGGAGUUCAUCUCAGAGGAGCUGGAAAGGCUAGGAAAGGAGGUUUCGUCGUAAUGACGAUAUUGUUAGUGAAUAGAGUAAUGAAAAUCACGGGAGGAGUUGGUUUAGUACCAUGGUUACGAAGACCCAGUUGGUUGGAAUGUUAAAUUGUCCGUCCCUGUGCACAACUGUCCCCCUUUCCUUAAGGUGUGAUGGCGCAAUUUUGUCUGUACUUUUUAACUGACGGUAGAGCAAUUCACACAAUUUAACAUCAUGGGAGUCUCGGGAAAGCAAAAGGAAUCUUACGAAAAUACGAGACAGUUCAUAAUCUCUAUCAAUC